CAAUGAUUCUACUGCACUUAUCAAUCUACCCUUGGGUAGACGCGCAUAUAGACCAACCGAGGCAAAAAAUGAACUUCCUUGGGCCACGGCUCUCUAUGACUUUAACAAGCACAAAGCCACCACAAGUCAGCUCACCAAGUGCUACAUUAAUCGUUCUAGACUAUCGCAAUCGAUAACCAACAGCAGCUCCGCUCACAACACACAUUCAACAGCUAGCAAUCUAUCAUACAUACCCUGCACCUUUCUCCAUAUCUCAAAGACCAAAGUCAAUACUCCCUCUCAAGUCCAAAAUGCUCUCACUCCUAUUUCUACGCAAUCCAAGCCUCAACCUCCUCAGAAAGCCCACAUUCCACGGAACAACGACCAUCAACAAAAUCGAAUAAGCAGCCAUUAGACUAUGUGGAAGACGAUGUGUAAACAGUUACACCAGGGAGAACUUAGCCAAACUUUCUCAGUACGCCUACCAGCGAUUACAUACUAGGAGAUAUGGUUUACUGGGAUGGUUAUUAGUGUUCUGUGUAUUAUUAUGCGGAGCAUAUACCGGCUGGCUGAGCUGUCUCAAGGAUGGUUGGGGUAUCUCAUCACAUAUGAGAAGUGUUUCAUCUUAUUGGACGCUGUAAUAAUGGCUAUAGCAGUCGGGAUCUUGGCUAUCUUUCAUUUUGAUGAUACCUACCAGUUAGUCCACGGGUGGGAAGACGCUAUCGGGAGCUGGCGCCGAUCAUUGUCGAAUAAUACAUAGUGCAUGCCAAGCAUCUAUUGGCAAACCGAGACUGCAAGACUCUGCUCCGCGUAAGUGAAUAACUAAAUGUCCGUUUCCUGUAUGCAAACCCUUUCACCCAGUCAUAGUUCAAUCCGUCAACCAGCCUAUUAAUUUCAGGACUGUUUGUGCCUCGGAAGGCCGAAAAGCCCAAUGCUGCACUAUACCAGCUUCGGGCUUGGGCUUUAUAUGCCAUGACGCGAUCUAGGCCUCGGAAAUAACCGUAAAGACCGAGGACCAGACCGCACCAGACCGGACCGUACCAGUCUUGAGUCCUGACUCUGGGGAGGCUUGGUCCUACAGUCCUAUAAACAAGAUAAACAGAUCUAAACCUCUGAUAUAUAUAUAAGCUGUAUAUAGCCGCUUA